AUGGAUGCGCUUGAAGACACGGAGGAACCCACACUAGAAACGCAUCGGCUUCGGAAUCAAGCAGACUUCGCAGCCAAGUUCUUCGGACGUCUGGCCGAGUACAAAUACCGUCUGCAUGAAACCGUUCUAGUAGAUGGUAGGCUUGUCAUAACGGAUGAUCUGCCUAUCGAAAGACUGCGCCGGAAGAAAUAUCUCUUAACUGAGUUACACUCGACCCUGAUACCUCUACUACGAAACCAUAUCAUCAGUCUUUGGCAAGCUCUGUGGGGACCCAACAGGCUGCAGAUAGGCCCGGCCUCCACCCUGAAGCUGGUGAUUGAGAUCCAACAAAAACUUGAGCUGACUUUGGAUCGGAUAAUUUGUGUCAUCAAUGAUAUCAUCCCCUCAAACAUAUACGGAACAGAGAACACAGACGACCAGCACUUCAAAGAAUUCAAACGCUAUAGAAUCGUCCGUUUGGAUAAUUCGAUUAGGCAAGAAUUAAAAGAUGCCCUCGGUUCGUUUUUUUUGGAAUGCCGACGGGUUGUUGAAACGCUCAUGACCCCAGCCGACCAUCAAGCUCGCGCACAAGCUCAAUCCGUUGUUCACCUUCUGCGGUCGAUCGAGUCCGUCGUCAAAUGGUCAUCGGAAUCUGAAUUACAUGAAAUUGUAGAUGAUUGGAAAUCGAAAAUCGAAGAAAUGAGUACCGAAGUGGACGGCCUGUUGCACGUGGUGGACGCGAAAAAUUCACCUUAUCCGAGACCAAUCAUCGAGCUCGCUCACACGUUUAUACCAGUCGUCAAGUUAGCCAAGAUAUUUUUCCACAAAAUGACAACCGAUGUAAUGGCCAAGAGAAAGUUGCCACUCUCAACAGAUAUGUCGUCUGAGCAACUCGGCAAAUUGGGAGAAUACGUUGGAGAUAUCCGAGAUGUUCUCUCUGGUUUACAUUCUUGCUUGCCUAGUAUUGCCGGGCACGCACACCAUUCAUCUCCUGGUACUAUUAGCGAUGAGCUCACCGGCCUUUUAACCCAUUUCCAACAAUGUUUGGUGCUUGUAGACAUUUACAUUAUACCUAGCUGUACAGACAUCAACGGCUGUUCGGCUCGAAAUUCUCUCAAAACUUGGUUGGUUACUUGGAUCACUUUGUUUUACCAAUCUACGCAUAAUGCCAUCCAAGCUUGUAAUUCAAUUCCGGAAGAUUGGGGUUUUGCCCCUUAG